AUCCACGUCCAGCUCUACUCUGCACCGCCGAUAUAAAUACAACCCGGAAACUGCUGCCGACGCGUUUGAUAAAUAUAAACCAAAAACUAAAGACACAGAAAAAAAAAACACGACUUGUUCAACAGCGUCUAGAACCUUCUUUACUUCUGACACCAGCCAGGGCCAUGUGGAGUCUGUCCCCGGUCCUCAAGCAGCACAGCCCGCCGGAGGUCCACUGACUCCCAGGUUUGCACUUCCCGGCCCGCCAGAGACCGCUUGGCCAUGUCUCACCAUCUGGCCGCCAUCAUCACGACGCUCCUCGGGGCCACCUUUGGCGGCCUGCUCCUGUGGCGAGCGUACGGCACCAAGCGGAAGAGGCCGCCUUCCAUUCAGAGGGUGGCCGAAUUCGUGCCUCCCGCCUGCGCCGACGUGCCGCCCGAUGAGGACCACGCCUCGCCGGGGGAGCCCUUGGCCUCGGAGUGUCCGGCGGUCUCCCCCGUCAGUCCGGAGCAGCUGAAACUGGCGCUGGUGAGCUCCCAGGACGAAUGGCAGGAGAUGUGGCCGCUGAUGCAGAAGGACCUGGCGCUGUUCCCCGUGCUGGGACUGGACUGUGAAUGGGUGUCGAUGGAGGGCCGCCCCUCGGUGGUGUCCCUGCUCCAGCUGGCCUCCUGCUCCGGUCUGUGCGUCCUGGUGCGGCUCCUGGCGUUCCGGGACGGGGAGCGGUCCUUCCCGCCCGGCCUGGUGGAGUUGCUGCGCGACCCGCACGUUCUGAAGGCCGGCGUGGGCUGCUACGAAGACGGCAAGCGGCUGACGCGCGACUACGGCCUCUCGCUGAACUGCACGGUGGACCUGCGCUACCUCGCCUUGAGACUAAAGCAGGCGUCCGUCAGUAACGGACUGAGCCUGAAGUCGCUGGCGGCCGACGUCUUGAACGUCUCUCUGGACAAGUCGCUGCAGCUGCGAUGUAGCGACUGGGAGGCGGACCACCUGACUCCGGAGCAGGUGACUUAUGCAGCCAGGGACGCCCAAGUCUCCAUCGCUCUCUUCCUCUCCCUCCUGGGCCUCCUCUCCCAGGCCGGCGGCAGCUCCUACGUGGAUCUGGCCGCCCGCUGCCAGGGGCUUCUGGACGUGCCGUUCAGGGGCCCACGUGACACAAACCACGACGAGAAGCGGCGGCGGAAGCGCCCCUUGAAAAGCCCAGAGUCUGGAGAUCAGCAAGUCCCAGACCCCAGGAGAAACAAUAAGAGGAAGCCGCUGGGCGUGGGCUACUCUGCCAGGAGGUCACCGCUCUACGACAACUGCUUCCUGCACGCCCCCGACGGCCAGCCUCUCUGCACGUGUGACAAGAAGAAGGCCAAGUGGUACCUGGACAAAGGAAUAGGAGUGCUCCAGAGUGAAGAUCCUUUCGUGGUCCGACUUCUCUUCGAGCCUUCCGGGCGUCCGGACUCCCAGCAGGACUACUACCUCACGGCCAAGGAGAACCUCUGCGUGGUCUGCGGCAAGGCGGACUCCUACAUCCGGAAGAACAUCGUUCCCCACGAGUACCGGCGCCACUUCCCCUCCAAGAUGAAGGACCACAACUCUCACGACAUCCUGCUGCUGUGCACCAGCUGCCACGCCGCCUCCAACGUGCACGACGGCUUCUUCAAGGAGCAGCUGGCCCACCAGUUCGACGCCCCGCUGGGCUGCGAGGCCGGCGUGCGCCUCAUGGAGGACGCCGAGCGCCGGCGGGUGCGCUCGGCGGCCCGCGCCCUCCUCACUUCCGCCGACGCCCUGCCAGAGCAGCGGCGGCGGGAGCUGCAGACGCUGGUCCGGCGCUUUUUCGCCGCGGACGACGAGGGCGAGCCCAGCCAGGACGAGCUUCAGCGGGCCGCCGGCCUGGAGACCAGAAUCUUCAACGAGGCCUACGUGCCGCACGGCCUGAAGGUGGUGCGCGCCCACGCCGAGCACGGCCUGCGGGGCCUGAUGGACCUGGAGCGGCGCUGGCGGCAGCACUUCCUCAGCGCCAUGCGCCCCGAGCACCUCCCCCCGCUCUGGUCCGUGCACCACAACCACGGCAAGUUCCUCCGCAAGUACGGAGACGACCUGCCCGUCAAACUCAACUAGGUGACGCCACCCCGAACCCCGCGCCGCCGUGACCGCCGAGGAGUCGUCACCGUGGCGUUGUCUGAGUCGGCACUUUUUAGACACCAGCCCGCUUAUUUAUGAACGUCAAAGAUUUUUUUAAUAGGAAAAAGCUUCAUCGCACUUUGUGAAGACGGUUGUCCUACCUUUUUUUUUUUCCCGCCCUCUCGCCUGCUUCCCUUUUCCCCAAAUAUUGUCCGUGUCAAGGCAAUAGAUUUAGAAUCUCCCUCCAGGGGGAGAUUUGACGCCUCGCAGGCGGGAGAGCCAUGCUAACGCCAGCUCGCUCCUUUUUUCCCCGAUCCCCUCACUUAAACCGUGGCGCUCCCCCCCCCCCCCCACCCCCCCCCCCACCCCUCCCCCCACAGGGCGGGACGUCUCCGAGGUCCAUGUUCUAGUGGGCCUCCUAGUCCCACGACACCCCUGGGGAGGGGGGUUCCGCUCCAAGCCCUGGUUAAGUUCAUUUCCCUUUCCUACGUCCUUCUGCGACGUACCAAAAAACAAAAAAAAAACGCUAGCUGGCUCGUUAGCGCGACGACACAACCUCAGAGCAGAGAAAUGAAAUCUUUUUGUACGUUUUUGUCUCCCUAAAUUCGAAAUGAAAACCUCCAGAAUAAAGUUUGUAUUCAAAGAGAAACAAA